CGCACGCACAGCGGGGACGAGCCCUGGAAAGCACAGUGUGGCACAGUACAGUACAGUAUAGAUGGUUGUCAGAUGGUAGUUACUCCAAACGGCUGCCUCUCUUUGUAUCGACUCCUCUUUCAUUAUACCACCUAUGAUAUCUGUUGAUGCUUCACCUCACCAGUCUGGCAUUAGCGGUGUCUACAUAAAACACAAAAAUCAAAGACAAGAUGUCUGUUCCGCUACAGGCCUCCAUCCCUCUGGCCCUUCGUCUGGAGAACGAGGCAGGACAACCCAACAUCACCAGACUUAUUGAGAACCCAGGCGCGUCACCUUGCGGUCGUACGGUAAAUGAGUUCAAUUUCCUACGUGAGCAUGCGCAUCUCGAAGAGUCAACAGUGCUCUUCACCUCCAUCAUUAGAGCCAUCCAUCUUCACCCCGACUGGACUCAGCUCCGUGCAUUCUUCUCCAAACGCUACACGAAGAGAGAAAUGUUCUCAGAUCGUGAUCUCCGCAAACUAACACCACCAAAAGACUUUACCAGCUCCAAGGACAAAAGUGUGACUGCCAACUUCAAAACUGACCCAAGCCUAGCCGGUGUGGCAAAGGAUAUCAAAGAACAGCUUGCCGUUGCUGGCCGUACCGUCCGCUCUGGCAUCAUAGGAACAGACCCCCAAACAGCAGCAAUUGGACCAGCAAUCGGCCUUGCUCUGGGUGCAGGUAAUUUUAUGGAUCUCAUAUAUCGCGAUUCACACAUCGGCAAUGCAUCCAGCAAAGCUCCCACGGCAGAAGACUGGGCCAAUCUUUGGGGCGACAUUGCCGACUGGGUGUACGAAUACGAUUCCACGUCACUGGAGCACUUCUUUCUGGGGACGUAUACAUAUAAGCGUGGUGUUACAGAUUCAGACCGCAAGUCCUUCCGCCCUGGCAGCAAAUUACCCAAGGGAAUGCUGGCCACAGACGCAGUUGACGCUGCGGAUACCAUCCAUAGCGCCUUCAAGCAGCUUGCAGCCCAACCGAUGGAGUUUUACGGCAUGGAAUGGGAUUUUCUAGAAUUGGAAGCAAGUCCUGCGUUGAGAGACCAAUUUUACGCACGAUUCGGCAGAAGAGGUGCCGACAAUGACACCACUCGCCGGAAUCUGUUCGUAAAUCUUGAGAACCAGCCCGAGAUUCGCGUGCCCACCAUGAAGCAACUGCAUUGGUGCCCCGUCAGCCUCAGCGGUAUUGAUUGGGAAAAUUGGGUUCUAUCACUCAGAGGGGGGCAUGUCGUCGUUCCUCACACAGUACUUGAAGUAAGUCAUUUUCUUCUCCCGCAAGCGUUAGGUCCACUAACAACCCUUCAGGCUCUCUGGGCAGUAAUGUUCAUUUCGCAGCUACCUCUGCGUCUUGAAAUUGUACCACUAGGUAGCAAGUUGCCUUACCUUCGAGACUCGGACACCAUAUACAUGUAAAUCUAUAUACCAAUUCUAUUUUAUUUUCU